AAUGACUUUCACCACACGUUUGUACAAAUUUGAUUGUAAAGUAAAGAUACACCAAAAUCGCUGCAUUGAUUGUGAUUCGAUGUCCGCGGUAGUAAAGUAUGAUAAUAAUCGUCUGAAAACCUGAUAAUAUUAUAAGUCACAGUUGUUUGUUAUUAGAACGUAGAACGUUGAGAUUCCUAAUUUGGAUACUGUUUGCUAUAUUGAAAGGCAGACGGAUAAAAGUUAAUAGUGUGAUCCAUUAACGAAAAUUACGCGUGUAAACAAGUGGCAUAACAAUAUAAAUGUCAAGUAUAAUUUUAUAUAUUCAGCAAUGAACACUGCGUCAAGGGCAGUUUCGAAGCUACUUAUAAGUCAAACGAAAUCAUUGGAGACAUUUGAUAUAACAUCGCCUUUGGUUGAGAUUUCAUCAAAUACUGCAACAAUUGAGUCAAUUACAGUAGAGAGAUCUUCCAAAUCUUCUUCGCCAUUUAAAGAUUCUUCAAAGUUCUCACCAAAGUCUGAAGUAAAAAUAUCAUCCUCAGAAAUUGCCUCUGCUAUUAAUUGUGUUGGGAGUACCAUUAUCGGUGAUUCGAAUACAAACAAUUUGGCGAACUCUCGCAUUCUAUCUGGAAAGAUAUCGCCAAUAGACAGCCCCGUACUUCCAUUUCUGAGUGAAACAUAUCAAAAUAAGCAGCAAGAGAUUCAAAAAAAAGAUAACAUAUUGAAAAAUCAUUGUGAGAGUAUGUUAUCAACGUCAGGAAAUAAUAACAAGAAACCUUCGGGGCCGACUCCUACAGGAGGAACUGCAUCGUCACCGACUAACAAUAAUAAAAGUAUCAAAUGUGAGCCUUAUUCGACACUAUCGCCACUUAAUGACAGCGCAAACAGCCAUAGUGCGUUAGAUGGAACGCUCAACAAUAACAACAGUGGUUCUACUAAUGUAGUAAUAGAUGCCAUUGUCAAACGCGAGCGCGAUUGCCCCGCGAACUCCACAACAGCGUCUACAUCAGUGAUGCGUCAAAAUUCCAAUAGUAGCAUUAAAUCGUGCCCUAAUACUGGCAAUGCAGCCUCGCCCAAUAAUGGUAGUGAUCAUUCGAAUUGCAGCAAUAUUUCAUCACAACCGAUAGAAAACAGUGCAACAGAUAUCCUUCAGGAUUUAAACAAUUCGGCUAAAAAUGUAAAUAAAAACCAAGGCACUGUAAAAGGAGAGGAAAAUGUUGUGCAGUCAUCUUUGGACAAAUGUGCUAAUCCUCUAACAGGAACUUCUACUAAGAAUUUUCUGUGCGCAGAAGAAACUGAUGUUAUGAAUAAUUUAAUUAACGUUAAGAAAGAAGACGUUAACGUUUCACCUGAAAUGUCGCCGGCUGGGUUUGGAUCCAUUGUCAACUUAUCAGGCAGUAUCUCGACAGACGUUCGCUCAUGCACACCAGUUAAACUUGACGAGGUAUCGACUACGAAGGCCAGUAAUAGUUGUAAUAACAGCAGCACGAAUUCGAGUAAUAAUGAUAAAUUGUCAUCUGUAUUGUGUUCUAUUAGUAACAAUGGUCCCAGUAGUUGCAUAGAAGACUUUAAUUCUACACCUUCUGCUUCCCUGGCUAACACAUCUAGUGAUUCUUGUAUUGGUGGCACAUAUCACACAGCAGUAAAUAUUAUUAAUAAUACUAAUAAUUCUGGAGGCUCAAUUACAAACUGCAUGGAUUUUAUGCAGCAGCAAAACCAUAUUUUUGUAUUCUCCACCCAACUAGCCAAUAAGGGUGCUGAAUCAGUUUUAAGUGGUCAGUUUCCAACAAUAAUAGCAUACCACUGCACACAGCCGGCAACGAAAAACUUUCUUGAAGAUUUUUUUUCGAAAAGCCCAAUGAAAAUAUCUAAACUACAACGCCAAAAUACUCUUAGUUUAAGUAAUAUAUCGGUAAAUGCAGGGAGUCAGCAAUGGAUUGGGGGCAGCAACUCAGGGCCUAAAAUGUCACAAAAGCCAAAUGGAAACAAAAUUAAUUUUAUGAGUCUGAGUGGAAAUUUAGAAAAUAAAGCACCUUUACGUCAGUCCAAUAAUCCUAGUUUUCCCGAAGUAACGGAAACGUUAGGUGGUAAUGAAAACGGCUUAAUGUGCUGGGAGGAGAGUCGAAAUAAUGUGGAAGGAGCGUCUAACGAAGUUCACACUGCUAUGAAAAUGCCCAAUGGAGUUGAUGGAGUCGUAGGAGGACCUCAUUCUAUUGGGGUUCCCCACGUUGCAAGUAAGCCGCUUAGCGCAUCCGAUCCCAGUGCAGGGAGUGAGAGUGGGACUCCUUCAUUGCAAGGUAUUAAGGUGCCAGAUGAAAAUUUAACACCACAGCAACGACAACAUCGGGAAGAGCAAUUGGCAAAAUUAAAACAAAUAGACCAAUUUCUGUCUAACCCGUUACAAAGUGCAAAUCCGUUGGGUAAAUUGGGCACAGAUGUAUCGGGAAAUCUUUCUGGUCUAAUGUUAAAUUUGCCUAAUUCUGGUUCAACGGGCAUCGGAUCGCAGAUGAGUAACCCCUUGAGUAACAAUAUGCAUAGUAUAUCACAAAGUGUAAUGAAUUCUACCAAUCAAAAUUUAUGCAACGCAGAAAAUAUGGCCACAGCAUUAGACGAUGGAAAUAUCCCGAAUACUCAGGACAAUGUAACGUGUAACUCAAAUAAAUCAAUGAAAAUAAAUAAUCAGUUGAAUAUGUCAUGUGGUCCCAAUGGUGUUAUUAGUGCAGUUGCUCCGAACGUUAGUGUUGGAAAUAUGUCUAGUAACGCGUUACCAUGCCAUACCGUAGGGAACAAUAAUUGUGGAGGUGGAGGGAGUAGUAACAUCAAUGCACCCGGUGGACUCAUGCCGAACUCCCCUGAAAUGAUAAGCAAUUUCAUUGGAGAUAGCAAUUUAAAUAGUAAUGCGGUUAAGUUGAUGGGUUCUGGUGGUGUUCAUCCUCUAGAAGUCGGUCAAGUAGGAAUGGCUCAGAUAGAGUGGUCUAAGUUGCAACACCAAUUUUUCGAAGAACGUAUUAAAAAUAAUAAGUGUCAAGCACCAAACGACGUCGGCUGUAUGGCAGCAACACUUUGCCGCUCGAACUCUGCAAGCAUAGGAAAUGUAAAUACAAGACCUCUUAUGGGAGGAACGUGUGUAUCGACAGCUACGACAAAUAAUAGUCAAACUAUUCGAUCAGCACAGGGCCCACCCCCACCAUAUCACCCCACACAACGUUCGGCGUCUGUUCCAAUUGCAACGCAGUCUCCAAAUCCAGCAAGCCCUAACAACCCGACAUCAAACUUAUCCUUACCAUCACCUCGAACAUCAGGAGCAUUAGGAAUACCAGCAAACUCGCCAAAUAUGGAUGUGCAUGUGCCUACUAUACCAACGACGCUGGUUGUAACGUCAGCAACGUCAACAGUUAGCACAACAAUUUCCACUACAAAUGCUCAAGGUAAAAACAAUUUCCAAUCGGAUGAUUCACCGACAAGUAGCGGCACUAAUAUUAACGUUACGAGUCGAAAUCGAAGCAUACAAAUAAACCAAUUCAAUAGUAAUCCAAGCACUCCUUUAUCACACUUGUCACCUAAAGAUCUGGAAUCGUUUCACACAAACUUACCAACAGCAGAUUUAAAGAAUGCUCGCCCCAGUCCACAAAGAUCCCGAACUCCAUUGAUGGGACCGAACAGUGCAAAUAUUACAGACUCUGGAAAUUUGGAAGGCCGUUAUCCUUCAGCUAGUCCUGGCUUGAAUUUUUCGCAACAUAUUCCAAAUACAAAUAGUAGUGGUGUCAACAAUUACAAAGCGCCAGGUCCCAUCGAGCGCCAAAAUUCAGCCCCUUUACCCUCACAAUUCUGUCGUCGGACUGAUAGCCUCCCACUGAAUCCGAAUAGUAACCGCUCGGCUCAAAAUAAAUUAGGCCACUCAUUUGACCCAAUAUCGUCAUUAGCUCAAAUGUCUCAACAGCUUACAAGCUGUGUGUCUAUUAAUACAGGUGGUGCCGGAAGCAUGAGUCUCAUUGGAGUAAAUGAUGUAAACCUUCCGAAUAAUUUAAAUCCGAAUAUGGAUGCUAUAAUGGGAUCCAUGGAUUCAGGAUUAGAUAACUGCAAUGCUGGUUCAUCUGGUAAUAUGGCCAUGCCGCCGCAUAUUAAUGGUUCCGGGUCAUUUUUGUCUAGCAACUGCCAUAUAAAUUCCAUGCUUGGAUCUAUGGGGCAACGUUUGCUUAAUCCGAAAAUGUGUGGAUUUAAUCCCGCCAAUGGUGGUAUUGGACGUGAAGGACAAAGUGGAUUGCAUGGUGUAAUGCCACCUCACCGUAUGAUGGGUCGUAUGGCUAUGAACUUUGGUAGCUUUAAUGUUUCGCCUAACAUACAAGUGAAAGCCAGCACGCCAAAUACGAUACAGUAUAUGCCAGUUCGUACUCAGAACAAUAAUAGUAGCAAUAUGCGUGUGCCUCCGAGUCUGGAGUUUUUACGUUACACGAAUCCACAAGUUGGUGGAACGGGCAAUAUUAUAGACAAUAGUCAUUUAGGACAAGGAAAUUCAGGUGCUGCAACGGAUCCGAUCAAAAUAAGUAACUGCAAUAAUGGCUCUGGAGGAGCAGGUACCACUGCUGCCCACUUUUUCGGAAAUUGCAAUCAGAUGAGUUCAAUGGUAAGUGAGCAGGAAGAUAUGGCAGGGGGCAAUCUUAUGACUGGUCACGAAAUGAAUAUGGUACCUCAUUCAACAAUGAUACGUGGCAUACGGCCGAUAAGACAGCAGCAUAUUCAUUCAGGUCAUUCAGGAAAUCAAAUGCUUCCUGGGCCACGUCUGCAAGCUCCUGGUGUCACAGUGAUGCCUGGACAUUUUGCAAAUGGGACACAGGAUCCAAUGGAGUGCAGAGAAAGCUCUGUGUUCAUGGCAAAUAACCCAAGUGGCAAUGGACCGGUGCACGGUCUUACGCAGGGCGUCACAGGGGUACCAGGGCAAGGUCAAAUGUUUACUGUUGGUAGUAGUCAGCAAAAGUCUGUUAAAUCAAUAGGAACCAGCAGCAUUUGUCAAAAUAUGAACACAGCAAAUGUGGGCAACAGUGGACAAAUAUCUGCCAACGCUAGUUUGCUUCCAAACGAUCACAGUUUAUCAAUCCAAUCUGCAGUAAAUGGACCUAUAAUGAUGGGUAACAACAGCACUAUGCUCUCAAAUGCGAUGCAAGUAUGUACUAGCUCGUCACCUGUUGGAUGUGGUGGCAACGGUGGAAAUGGUUCCGGUGAUGUAGGCAAUGUAGGAUACAAACCAUUCGUUGGCCCCGCCUCGAAUGAUCUUAAAUACGCACAGCAGUAUCACAGCUUUCAACAACAAUUGUACGCGACUUCGACAAGAAGCCAGCAAAAUACUGGAAGUUCUAAUAUUGGAAGCAGUGUUUCAACAAACCCAACGUUUUUUGUAAAUAAGUAGAACUUAGAGUAAUAUUGUAGUCAAGGUGCCCGUUUCUAUAUAUUUUCACGUUUUGGCUCACAAAAUACAACGCUCAUAUUCUUAUCUGUUAA